AUGUCCUUGAUACCCGCAGAGUUUGCCAACCAAGAGAGUGCCACACUAAGGCACGCAGUACUACUACACAUUAUUCGCGUGGAAGACAUAAGUGUAUCCAAAUUGAAUCAAAUAGAUGAGUGGAAAGAGAUUCUGGACCCAAACAAUCGGUUUGUUGAUCGGUUGAACAAGUCAACGAGGAUUAUUCGUCAAAUCAACGAUGAAGAAAGCGAGCUGUCGUCCACCGUGAAAUCAAAGCAGUUUUCGACUUACAAGCUUCUUUUAAGAGACAAGGACGACCAUUUCAUCUACGCUUAUGAGUUGGAACCUUUGAAAUUUGUACGCAAUGAGCAAACGAGUACUCCCAUUCCAAUAAAAUUGGGAGGUCGACUUUUAGUCAAGCCGGGAGCUACAAUACUGAGGGGUGUACUUCUACUAAACCACAAAAAUUGCGAGUACAAAGGUAUACAUGCAUCAGAUGCACAUUUGGUGUCUCAGUUGAAUGAUGGACUAUCGACAAGGGAAAUUGACAUUUUAUCCAGCUCAUAA